UACGUACCAGCGAGGGCUUUCCUCUCUUAGCGUACGUCACAGUCUUGUCAUCAUGCAUGCGAAAUGAAACGGGACACCUUUUCCUGGUCCAGUCAUUCGAAUGGGUGGAUAACUACGAAGAUCCAGAUGAGUUUACAACAGUGAAACACGCGCAUCACAAUUUGAUUUUCUACCUGAUUGAUCUAGGAGCUUGAUCAGUAAGGAGGAAUGUCAAGUGAAAGGGAAUCUGAAGAGGCAGUUUGGUCCUCCAGGAUCAUCAGGAGUGUUUUCUUUGCCCUUCUCCUGGACUUACUAGGAUUCACCCUGAUCCUCCCCCUUCUGCCGUCCAUUCUGGACCACUAUGGCCACACGCAGGACAGCGUUUAUGAGUCACUACAGAGCAUCGUGGACUGGUUCAGGGAAGCUGUCGGAGUUCCUAUGGAAACAAAAUAUAAUAGUGUCCUUUUUGGAGGUCUGGUUGGAUCACUCUUCUCUCUGCUACAGUUCUUCGCAUCCCCUUUAACUGGGGCUGCGUCAGAUCGUUAUGGCAGAAAGCCACUGCUAAUUCUUACCACGUUGGGACUAAUGUCAUCUUAUGCGGUCUGGGCGGUUUCCCGGAGUUUCAGCAUGUUCCUUUUGUCUCGGGUGAUUGGCGGCAUUUUUAAGGGCAACGUGAGCCUUUGCACUGCUGUUAUUGCUGACCUUCCUUGUCCCAAAGCACGAAACAAGGGAAUGAUGAUGGUUGGAAUUGCCUUCUCAUUGGGAUUCACGGUAGGCCCAUUGAUGGGGGCCUACUUUGCCAUUAACUCCAGCAAGGAGGAGGUAUUCUACCUUGGCCCAGCAGUACUGGCUCUAGUCUUCAGUGCUGCUGACCUACUCUUCAUCAGUGUUAUGCUUCCAGAGACCCUGCCAAAGCACAGCAAGGUGUCCUCAGUAACCUCAGGGAUUCAGGAAACAGGAGAUCUUCUCAACCCAGUGGCCCUGUUCAAUUUCACCGCCCUUACCAGGACCAAAGACCCCGCUUCUAAAGAGAACAUGCGGAACCUCAAAGUGAUGGGCCUCGUUUACUUCACAUAUCUCUUUCUUUUCUCUGGUCUUGAAUUUACUUUGAGUUUCCUCACCCAUCAACGGUUCCAGUUCACAAGCAUGCAGCAGGGUAAGAUGUUUUUCUUCAUGGGAAUCACCAUGGCACUGAUCCAAGGGGGAUAUGUCCGUAGGAUCAAACCAGGUCAUCACAUAAAGACUGUUCGCCUGGCAAUCCUAUUACUGAUUCCAGCAUUUUCUCUCAUUGGACUAGCAAAGAAUUUGAAGAUGGUUUACAUAGGUUUGAUUUUAUACUCAUUUGCUGCUGCUGUUGUGGUCCCCUGUUUGACAACACUGGUUUCAGAUCAUGGUUCGGCCAAUCAGAAAGGCACAGUGAUGGGAAUUCUACGUAGUUUAGGAGCCCUGGCACGAGCACUGGGCCCCAUAGUGGCAUCUUCAGUUUACUGGAUAGCUGGAGCCGAGACCUGCUUUCUCAUCAGCUCAGCUUCUUUUAUCGUUCCUUUGGUUUUGCUGAGGAGACUGAGAGACUUCAAAUCAGAGUGAAGAAAAUAACUCAAUAAAGUAGCAUCAAAAGGUCCUCCUACAACAGAUUGUCUUUGUAUUUACAUUUGCUUGGAAUGCAAGCUGUAUAUUUGUCAAUGACAAAUGAUGUUUAAUUUUAUUUUGUAACAUUUUGUUUUGUUUUUUCUGUAAAAUUGGCAGUGUAUUUCAGUUUUUGGUAUUAUACUUUUGAAGAAAAAUAAUAAUUUUGGAUAUGCUAAAAUACCUCUAAUAGAUUUCCAAAAUUAUUCUGACAUUCUUUUUAUACAAUACUUUGCUAAAUAUUGUUUAAACGCACCACAGGGAUUCGAUUUGAGGUACUUGGUUUAUAAAAAAUCUGUGAAGUAUAAAUAAAAAAUAUUUUCUACUAUUGUGAUAAACAGUUGUGAUCAACAGCAGCGAGUUUGUUCAUGCCUCCUCAACACUCAGCGGCACGACAUGCAUUGUGAUCUCGUUGACCAGGCAUGUUCGUAAGGCCAAACAAAGAAAAUUGUCUAAGAGUAUAAAACCACUAUGUGCUAUGGGUAAAAUGUGCCAGACUGACUAAUCUAAAAUUAUAAUUGUUAUUUAUAAUACAGAAAUCAAUUUGUAGGUCAGUCGGCGGUUUCCGACUGGAGAAAGCCAAAAAUGAACCCAUCAAUACAUCCAUUGUUUACUUGUACGGUGUCCGUGGGUAACCCAGUAAAUCUGAAACCCUCCACCAAAUAAAGAUCAGAAGUAUUUUAUA